AUGCUUCUUCCUAAAGGCGGCCUGACCUGGAAGUCCGCCAAAGCAAGAUUACCUCCAUGGAAAGCUGUGUUAAUGUUUUUGACCCGCACACGAUUUUUUUACUGCUUUGGACCUUCAAAGCCGCCGACUCAGAUGACCAAUAACGAAAUGGUGGCGUGGAAUCAGCAUCUACAAACUCCAGUCCUGUUCAACCAUCAUGAACCCUACGAGGUCAACGCGAGCACAAUUCAACGAAUUGACCUCAAUCCCAUUGUCUCGACCUCAAGAGCAGUCAGCAACCAAGAGCGGGUUCUCAUCCUCACCCCUCUACGAGAUGCUGCCCCUUACCUGAUCAAAUACUUCGAUCUUCUUUCCGAGCUUACCUACCCCCACGAGCUGAUUGAUCUCGCCUUUCUUGUGGGUGACUCGAUCGACGAUACCCUCGCAGUCCUCUCAUCCGAGCUGAACAGAAUACAGCAGAGGACGGACAAGAUUCCCUUCCACAGCGUAACGAUAGUUGAAAAGGAUUUCGGUAACUCACUCAACAUGGACGUCGAAUCCAGGCAUGGAUUCGCUGCACAGGGCCCCAGGAGAAAAGCCAUGGGAAGAGCAAGAAAUUAUCUUCUCUACGCGGCAUUGAAACCCGAACACUCGUGGGUGUACUGGCGCGACGUAGAUAUCGUCGACAGUCCUAAGAAGAUCAUUGAAGAUUUUGUCGCCCAUGAUAGAGACAUCUUGGUGCCGAAUAUCUGGUUCCACCGUUACGAAAACGGUCGCGACAUUGAAGGCCGCUUCGACUAUAAUUCUUGGAUCGAAUCUGACAAGGGUAGAAGACUGGCAGCUAGCUUGGACAAGGACGUCGUCCUGGCAGAGGGAUACAAAGAAUAUGAUACCGGCCGCACAUAUCUGGCUCGGAUGGGCGACUGGAGAAAUAACAAAGACGAAGAAAUAGAAUUAGACGCCAUUGGUGGUGUCAACAUUCUCGUCAAGGCUGACGUGCACAGGUCUGGCAUCAAUUUCCCCUGCUACGCUUUUGAAAACCAAGCCGAGACCGAGGGAUUUGCCAAAAUGGCCAAGAGGGCCGGAUAUCAAGUUGUGGGCUUGCCAAAUUAUGUCGUUUGGCACAUCGACACCGAAGAAAAACCAGGCAAUGCAGCGUAG